AUGACAAAAGGAACGUCUUCGUUUGGAAAGCGUCAUAAUAAGACGCAUACGCUUUGUCGACGAUGUGGCCGUUCUUCUUACCACAUUCAAAAGCAUAAGUGUUCAUCGUGCGGAUAUCCGGCUGCUCGUAAACGAACUUAUCAAUGGUAUGAUUUCUUUAAACCGUUUGUCUAA